AUGUGGAGCAACAGCAUAUUCCAUUUUCUCCCUCUUUCUUUCAAUACUAUCACCUUCCAUCGGAUUUUGACAUGUUCAGUUCGCAGUGUGCGUUAUGUCUAUGGCACCAACCAUUCCCAAUGCGAAUGCGACGAGCCUUUGCUCCUACACUACUUAUCCAAUGGCUGCCACCAUGAAGCGCGAAACCUCCUUCAAAAUUCUUCUGGAGGUGACCUUCAAGCACGUGUGGUUCGUUGGACCAAGCUACUCUCCAACUUCUCCCGCCACGGUUACGUGGCCGAAGCUCGCACACUGUACGACAUAAUGCCUCACAGAAACCUCUUCACUAGCAAUGUCAUGUUGACAGCGUACGUCCGCUCAGGCAUGCUCGACGAGGCUUCCCGGUUCUUUGAGACCAUGUUGGAGAAGAACGUUGUUUCUUGGACUGCUAUGCUAUGUGGGUUUUCAGAUGCAGGGAGGAUCGAAGAUGCGAGGAAGGUGUUCAAUGUAAUGCCUGAGAGGAAUGUUGUUUCGUGGAACGCGAUGGUGGUGGCGUUGCUUAGGAGUUGA